CUGCAGCAGGCAAGGAACCGGGGAGGAAGAAGGGAAGCAGAAACACAAGAGGAGAGGCCGGUUGACUGAAACAUGACUGAGUAAUGCAUUAGGAGAGAGAUAAGAUGUACAUGAAAAGCUACUGAAAUAAAGUACUUAUCUAUGCAGCUCAGUAUUAUUAUUUUCUUUUUCAAAAACUAUAGGAAUUACUACGUACACACAUCAUGGGCCAGCUGUUUUCAUCAGAGGAGGAGCUUUCACAAGCCAAGGAUUUGAUUGGUGGUCUUCUGUACAAUGCCAUGUUGGAAGGCGGGGCUGUACCUAACCUUGCAGUGGUCCAUCCUCUCCUGUUAGCCAAUCACAACAAGAGCUCAGACUCCACAGAUUACCUCCAGGAACAACUGCAACAGCUACAGAGAGAUAUUGGAAACAGGGCCCCCACCUAUCUGAGGGAUCUGAUUGGCCGAUUAUCAUCCUUCUCAGAUGAGCCACGACUGGCUGGGUUGGUGGGACUAGUGGUGUCUAUGGUGAUCGACAUGGUGUAUACAUCAUCACGGCGGCCAUCAGGAGUGAAAGAGAAGUCAUCUGGGUCAUAUCAGAAAGUCUGUGAGCUCCAGGAGGUGAUGGAGGAGUACCUGAAGCGCUGCAGAAUCAACUUGACUGACCAAAACAGGCUGAUGCAGGACACAGUUAGACUCGAGGCCCAGCUCAGUCUAAAUCUAACCCAGCUGAAGACUUGCCUGUUGAGGGGAGACUGUGACUCCAGGUCUCUGAGGCAGUGGGCCAGCGGAGCAGCUUUUCACACCCAGAUGCUGGUUCAUCUAGCUGCACUAGAGGGCAAGACCGAGCCCCUGGCUGCAAGGGCUGCACUGGAGCAGUACAAGGAAGACAUUACACAGAUCACACCAGUCUACAGGCGGUACAAGUCCAGUACAGUGAGUGUAGUGAAACGCAGGGGCAGUCUGUUGGCAUCAUGUGAACCAUCCAAUGAGAUACCAGAGGACGGGGCCAUGACAGGCAUCACAGUGACCGACAGGGAAACUGGAAAAAAUGUGACCAUUCCUCUGUCUGUUAUGGAGAGAGAGACAGGGAGAGGAACAACAGUUGGUGUGGCUGAUGGCACCUCCGGUCCUGUGGCCUCUUCCUUGAACCUGGACCUAAUCACCUCAGAUCAGUACGCCCAGGCAUACUUGGAUUGCUUGUUCUCAGAUAAGGGCCCUGUGGCUGAGCUGGAGAGCCAUUUCACCAAGGCCAGUGACAAUCUGAGCAUGCUCACAACUGGACAACAAAGCACUAGCAGAGCAGGAAUGAGUAAUGUGAUAGAACCAAGCGACAGAGUGCAUUUUAAACACUGUGCAGAGGGAAUAUAUAUAGAACAACCGGCAGAUGAAGGGGGCAAAGGUGACGAGCAAGACGAAACACUGAGGAGAGCAGCAGAAAACACAGAUGGCCGACGAGAUGAAAGUUUGAAGCUUAGUAUUGUGGAGACGCAGCCAGAUGAGAGUCGGAGUCAAGGUCCUCACGGUACAACCGAAGAAAUGCAAUGAAAGAAGAAGAGUCAUUUUACUACCUUAAACACAUCACUGACGAGUCACAUUAAGCUAAACUAAGACUAACGAAGGAUAAUUAAUUUAUUUUAGAGAGUUUGCACUGAUUUAAUUCAAAGAAGAAAUGAAUUUGUACGCACUUCUAUUCACGACUCAUGUACUAUCAGCCGUGUCCAAGUAUUUCAUUAGUUUUUUUAAGAUGAAUUAUCGGUCAUGAAUCAUUCUUUUGCCUUCCUUUGCAAGGUUCAAGUGAUAAACACAGAAUCUGUCCUUGCUGUGUGAAUGUUAGAUAGUUUUACCAAUCAGAUUAAGCAGCUCAGGACACUCCCCUAAACCUCACAGCCCAUCUGGUUUUGAUGCUUUUUUCCCUGAAUGCUUAAAUGUUAACAGUGAUUCUUGAAACACUGUCUCUAAAACCUUUAUUACUACUAGCAUGUACCAAAGGUGCCAAACUGAAUGUACAUUCUGUGCUUUACACUCAGUUUUUCUUUUUAUUACACAGUUUUUGCAAAUAUGUAAUCAUUAGUCUUUAUGCAUGUGAUGUGAAAGAACAAUGCUUUUGUGUGUGUGUGUGCUGUUCUACUGCACUUUUGUUGUUUUAAGAGUGUUGCAUCAUUUCAGAAGAAAAAUAAAGGGUGUC